UUCAUAACAUAAUUAUUAUAACUGUAUUGAUAGUACCUUACGAACAUAUACAAAAUUAAUCGGGUGUAAAAUUUCAAAUAGUGUUAGUAAAUUGUUUUCGUAAUUUAGUAAACUAUUUUUUCUUUUUUAAAUAUUUUGUCUAAAGUAAAACGAAUAUAGUUGCAGUUAUAAUCAUAAUUUUUUUUUUGAUAAAUCAAUUGUGUAAAUUAUGUGAAUUUAAAGGAAAUAGCUUGGACGAUGGUACAGUUACUGGGCUUGGUCCAGUUUAUAAAUCUAUUUGUUGUUCAUGCGUAUGCAAAUGAUUAUUCCUGGUCGAAUGAACUUAAAUCGACAAAAGGCUAUACAGAAUGGUCAGGAGGAAUUGUUGCAAACCAUCAUCGAUUAAAAGCUGAUGAAAGUCCUUAUUUUGUCUUGAAUAAUGUUGUCAUUGAAGAUACUGGUCAGCUAAUCAUUGACCCAGGUGUAACGCUAAAGUUUUCACCAAAAACAGGAAUUACCAUAAAGGGUUCAAUUGUUGCAAAUGUAAUGACUAUUACAUAAUCAUUUUUUAAAUUGUUUUUGUGCAGACAAAAUUUGAUUUAUUCUAAUUUUAGGGAGAUGCACAUAAUAAAAUUGUGAUGACAUCUAGUACUAAUAUAGAAGAUUUAGAUGAUGGUUUAAGUCAAUCUUCUUCAAAUAUUAGAUUAGUGGAUGGUCCUAGUAUACAAGCUGGGCGUUUACAAUUAUUUUAUAAAGGUGGUUGGAGAUCAAUUUGUACGUCAACACAGUAAGUGUAAAAAGUAAUUAUUAUUUAGGUAUCUUACUAUUAAUUAAUUAAAAAACAUCUAUUUUAUUAUUCAUAGAUGGAAUAAUGCAGAUCUCCAAACUACAUGUCGGCAUUUGGGUUACCGUGGAGGCAAAUUUUUACGCUGGAUGGAACCUAAAACAGAUAAGCUUUAUACACGACUUAUGUUGUCUAAUUUACAAUGUAAAGGAAUUGAAAAUAAUUUAAUUAGCUGUAAAGGAUGGGAAAAUAAAAAAUUAGGGUCUGGCAGUUGUGGUAAGUUUUAAAUAUUUGUAAGAAAACUUAUUUUUUAAUUUUACUUUGAUUUUUAGUCCAGAAUGACUACCUACCUAAUGAGUCAUAUUUAAUCUCAAAGUAUUGUUUUAAUUAUUAUUUACCUAUGUUGAAUACAUUUAUGGUCCCUUAUACCUCUACCAUAAUAUUAUACAAUGAAAUAUUUUUAGUUUAAAUUUAAUUUUCAGAUUUUAAGCAAGAUAUUGCUAUUGAAUGUCAGCCCUAUUAUGAAAAUAGCUAUGCUGUUAAAAGUUAUUGGAAAGGGCUUAAAUUUGAAAAAGCACAAUUUAAAAAGUCAUUAAUUCAUUAUAAUACUCUUUAUCAACCAAUAUCAUUAUCAGAAUUGAGUCAUGUUAUAUUGACGUAAGUUUGUAUAUUUUUAAUAAAAUUUUUAUUUGUAGUCAAUUAUAGCACACUUAUAUGCCAUAGUAUAUCUAUCAUAUAUUGUAUGAUAUUGAAUUGUUGUGGAAUGAAAAAUGUAAGUGAAAAAUACAUUUAAUGAUAAAAAAUGUCUUUAUUUUAAACAAUUUAUUGUUUUUCAAAGUAAAUAAUCUCAAAUACUUUGGGCUUAAAAUUCAAUUUUAUUUUAUAUUUUAAUAAUUUUUUUAUCAAUGAAUCUAAUUGUUGAUCAAACUGUUCAAAAUAGUUGUUGAUAUCUGUUUUGUUUAAAUUUUAAACAUUUUAAGUUUUCGUUAUCCAAUAAUUAAAAAUGCUGCAUAUUAUAACAACAUAAAAUUAAAAAUACAAAUAAUGUAAAAGUUACUUUUUAAUUUAAAUUUAAAUGUACUUAGAUAUGCUGGUGUUGGUGCUGAAUAUAAAACCACUUCUGCAAUAGAAGUUAAUGGAGUUCCACCAUCAUUGAAGAAUGUGUCAAUUUUACAUUCUGCAUAUAAUGGAAUAAACAUAACAACAUCAGAUUCUAUACUAGAUUUACAUGAUUGUAUUAUAAAAAACAACAGAGGUAUAAAUAAAAAUUGUAUAUUGCUUACCAUGUAUAACAUUAUUUUAUUUUAAAAUACAUCCUAAAUAAUGAAUACUUAUGUGUUAAAAAUUGAACCUAAUUGUUGUAUUAACUUAGAGAGUUGUCGGAAGUCUUUUUGACUGAAGCUAUUUUUAGUUUGGUGAUUAUCUAGUGAUAUAAUACUCGACACAUUGGAUAUUUUCCCUACCUUUUGUACAUGUGUAUACUAUCAGUUUUAUGUUUUUCGAUUAAACUUGUUUAUUAGUAUCGCUUCAAUUGAACGUUUUCAUCAAUAAUCAGUCAUUUUUGCAUUCAAUGCAUUAAUAUUUAGCAAUUAUUUGUUUUAUAAUAUUUAGAAAAAUGGAGAAAUAAACUGAUUAUUUGAGAAGUUUGCUUCAGGAAACUAAAUAUUUGCCUGUAGGAAAAGAGUUGGGCUUUAAGGUGGUCUCCUAUUUAUAUAGUGUAUAUUAUAUUAUGUGUGUAUUAAAUAGGCUAUCCCAUGAAGAUAUACCCCUUGAAUAUAUCCAGAAAUAAUAAACAUUAUCAAAUUCUGGUUUUUUAUAUAUAUAUAUAUAUAUAUAUAUAUAUAUACAUUGCUCACCGGAAUGAGGGCUACAAAUAUUUAUUUUUGUAUUAAAUUAUUUUUUUUAGUAAAAAAAUUACUUUAUUUUAUUAUUAUCGGGAAAUUUUAAAAUAGGCAUUUUGUAGUUUAUUUUUCUUAACAUUUUUAUAAAUUACAUAUAUAUUCGAUGAAUAGUUUCUAAGUAACAGCAGUUUCAAAUUCUACUUAUUAGUGUGAAAAUUAAUGUUAUUGUUUAACACAGUUAGUUAUUCUCUAGAUAACAUCUAUAGAAUGGCUAUCUUACAUUUUCUUAAAAUAAUAAAUAAAGUUAUUUUUGAAUUUUUUUACUGAAAAAAAUUAUUUUUAAAAAAAUAUAAAUAUUUGUAGUCUUCAUUCCUGUGAGUAAUAUAUUUAAAAAAAAAAAAAAAAAAAUUUGUUUAUUUUUAUUAUCUUAGGAGAUAUUCAAGGGGUAUUAUCUUCGUGGGAUAGCCUGUACAUAAUAUACCCAAAUAUGUUAAUAAACUAACUUUUCAGCAAUUUAAAACAAAUUAUAAUAUGUCGGUCAAAAAGACUAACACAAGACACUUCUCAUUAAAUUUUUUAAUACGACACUUCUCCCAGGUUAAUUAAAUAUAAAAUUGCUUAAGCUUUUCUUUUUAAUGUAUUCUUAGGACAUGGCAUUUUUAUGAAUUCAUCAUUCGGUCAGUUAAGUUUAACAAAAACUUUAGUAUCAAAUAACAAAGGAGAUGGCAUACAUGUGGUACAAGGCAGUAUUGAUAAUGAUCUCUUAAGUAAUGUAAACGAAUUGUGUUCUCUUCCGACAACAACUAGUCAAACAUUUCCUGUUCUUGUUUCUAUACAACAAAAUAGUUAUAAUGCUAAACAAAUCAAUUGUUACAAGGUAUACAACUUUAGUUUUAUUAACAAUAUUAUUGUUAUAUAGAUAAAAUGUACCUAUUAUUGGUUUUAGAGUUUAUUCACAAAAAUUGGUCAAAUAUUAACUGUAAACAUUGAACACACUAAUUCUCAUGAGCUUGAAAAUAAUUCAUAUUUAAACAUUUAUGAUGGAGAAGUAUCAUCACCCGAUAGGUAUUAUAAUUUAGAAUAAUAUAUUAUUUAAUUUAUAUUGAUUUAAUAUUAAAAAUUAACUUUUAGACUUUUAGCUACUAUUUACGUCCACAAUAAUACAAUACCGCAAUCAGUCACAUCAAGACGUAAUAAUAUACUAAUUGAAUUUGUUGCACCGGCUAGAACAAAUGUGUUUGGUCUUCUCAGAGUGACAUCAGGAUUUGGUAAGAUAAUAUAAGAAAAUUGCCAUUCUUUUUUUUAUAACCCAUUUAAGACUUUUGCUGCUUUACUAUUUCCUCUCGUCUAAUUUCACUCUUCCAACACCUUAUGCAUACAUUUAAUAUAUCAAUUCAUCUUUACCUGAGGUGGCCUCUGGGUUUUCUCUCAUUAAUUAUACCUGGCAUUGCUUGUUUGCUAAUAUUGACAUUAACAAUUUUUGUUAGAUUAUAAAUAAUUCUUUAUUUUUACUUUUGUUUAGUGAAGUGGCAUAGUGUUAACAUAUCUGAAAGCAUUUUAUCUGAUAAUAUUGGCUCUGGAUUAUUUAUUGAGAAUUUAUACAGUGCUGUUUCAAUAUUUAAUUCAUCAGUUAACAAUAAUAGUGGAAGUGCUGGAGUAAAUGUAUUUAAUGGUUCAUCCGAUAUUACUAUAUUAGGUUCAAAAAUAAUGUAUAACAAUGGAUUUGGAAUUUUAACCAACAAUAAUGGUGGGAUACGUAAUGUUACUUAUUCAUUAAUUAAAUCUAAUUCAGGACCAGGAAUGGCUGUUAGGUUAUUAGACAAAAGCAUUAGCAAUAUAGCUCAGAAAACAAUUUUGACAUACUCAGAAAUUACGAACAACUCAGUAGAAAUUGAUGGAUGGUGUCGUGGAAAAUCACAGAUCAACGUAACAGAAAAUUUGUUCAGUUUUAGCAUUUAUGCAUUAGAAAUAAAGUCAUGUAUUGAACGAAAAGCAGAAACUACUAAUGUAAUUAUAUCUUACAAUGAAUUUUCUUAUAAUAAAAAGUUGGCAAUACUUAUAAAACCAAUGCUCAAUAUGGACGCAAUUUUGGAGUUUAAUCGGUUUAAAAAACAAGAACACGGCUGUAUAUUAAUUAGAAACGAACACUUUGAUGAAGAUUUUGAUGAAUCUCCUUCAACUGCUUUAUUAAAAAAUAAUGAAUUUUAUGAUAACAGUGGAAGUUAUGUAGUAAACUUGGGAUUAAGCACUUAUAGUCAACUACAUAAUUUGCUUUUUACAUGGAACUAUUUGAAAAACAACAAAAUAAUUCAACCUUUUAAACUAAUUUCAAGAAAUAAAGUAUCUGCAGUAAUUGUAGUUGCAUCUUCUAAUGUACUUGUCACUAGGAAUAUUAUUGAAAACCCUUUGUCCAAUUAUGAAAUAGGAGUUCAACUAGAAGAUCAGAGUCUUAUUGUGAAUACCACUUAUAAUUGGUUAGGAAACACUGAUGAUCAUUUCAUUAUUAAUCGACUAUUUCACAGGUAUAUUAUAUUAUUUUUUCUUAUAGUUCUUUUUUUUAUAAUUCUUGAUUUUUAUCCUAAUAAUGUUUAAUUAAUAGACGCGACCGCUAUAAUUUGGCUAAAAUUGAAUUUGUUCCCUUCUUGUUACAUCCUACUAAUCCCGGAACCACCUCAAUUAUGCCGGUGACCACAGUCGUAACUAAACUGUAUAAAGAACCUAAUGAUUUUGGAGGAGAAGUUGAUGGUUUAGAAACUGUGUCCAGUGGUGAAUAUGUUGUCACAAGAGACAUUAAUGUAGCAUCUAGUGGAAAAUUAAUUAUUUAUCCUGAUGUUACACUGAAGUAAUUACUAAUUACAUUUAUAUUAUAGUCAUAAGUUAUAAUAUUAUCUAAAAUAAAAAAUAAUUUAGAUUUAAUCCUGGUGUGGGUAUUAUGGUAGCUGGAAAAUUAGAAGCUCGAGGUCGAAGUCUUGAUAACAUCAAAUUUACUCUACAUGAAAAUUUGAACUCUAUAAGUAAUGAAUCGAUCAGCCCUACUCAUGUGCGAUUAGUUGCUGGAAGAACUUUUAACGAAGGCAGGCUUCAAGUAUGUCAUUUUUUAAAUUUAUUUUAUUAUUUAUGUCAUUAUAUUUUAUUUAAAAAAGGUGUACUCUGUGGAAUUAAAUACUUGGGGAUCAGUUUGUAACUAUGGUUGGACAAUUGAAAAUGCUGCUUUAGUAUGUCGACAAAUGGGCUUAGUUUUGAAUCCUGCUGAUUGGAAAGUCGAUGUACCUAUUGCGGAUCCUUCAGAACCAAUAUUGUUUACGUAAAUGAUGUUACUUAAGGAAUAUAUUUGUAUACAUUUUAUAAUAUUAAACUAAUAUUUGUUUAUAGAAAUGUGACUUGUUCUGAUGAAGAUGUAGAUUUGAUUAACUGUAAAGUAGAAAAAGUAAUAGACUCUGAGCAAUCAUGUGAUCAUUCAAAAGACGUUGCGUUUAGAUGUGAACAACCUGGUUGGUCAGGAUUGAGAUUGGGUGUAUUAGCAGAUACGUGCAAUCUACAAUUUAUUACAAUUGAGAAAGCUGGACUUUUUGAUUAUAUUACUAAUGAAUUUGGACCUGGUACGUUUUUUAAAAAACCUCUGAAGUUAAAUUAGGUUAGACAAUUUAAAAAAUGUGCUAAACAUUUAUUUUCAUCAUUUAUUAAAUUUUCAUAUAGUUGUAUAAAAUUGUCCAAUUUUUGGUUGAAAAAUUAAGUAUACAUAAAAUCUAUGUUUAUAUAUAUAUAAUAUGAACAACAGUAUCCUAUUCCUUAAGAUCACAAUUAUGUUAGAUCAAAAAUAAAUAAAUAAAAUAUUAGAUUAUACACAUUUUUGUGUUUGAAAUUGAUUAAUAAAACAAUUUUUAAUACAAAUUUUAUUUUUAUAGCUCUUCAAGUAGAUUUGAAUAGACAUACAUUUGAAGGUAUUCGUGUCACAGAAAACGCUGGAAAUGGUGUAGAAGUAAUUUAUUCUGAUUUAUAUAGUAGUCUGAGCUAUAUUCGUAAUUCAGAGUUUAGUGGUAAUAAAGGAGCUGGGAUAUUUUUCAAACAAUUUGGUUUAACCAUUGAAGGUAAAUAUAGCAUUUUAAAUAUUAAAUGUAUUUUAAUGUACCUUACAUAUAAAUCUGUCCAUUAAUCUACAGAUAGUAGAAUUGAAAGAAACAAAUAUGGUAUUCAGCAUGAUAGUUCAAUUAGUAUUGAUAAACAACGAGAGCUGGCAGGUUGGUUUAAACCAUUUGCAACAAGUUCAUAUCAAUAUAAACCAGUAUUAUUGCCCUACGACCAAUCAAAUUUUCAAAUAGAUUUAAAACCUAAUGAAUUUAGGUAUAUUAUUACAAAACAAAUAUCCUCACAAUUAAUAGAACCGGUACAAUCAAAAAUAGUAUUUCAGGUAAUUAUUAAUUUUAAUAAUCUGUUAGCUAAAUUAAGUAUAUAUGUAUUAUUUUUUAAAUUUAUUUUAGUGUACAAGAAUCAAUUAUGUUGUUGGAAUUCAAAUGUUAAAUACUCCUCAUAACAAUACUAGUGAAAAAAUUUUAAUUCGUAAUAUUCACAGUAACAAGAUUAAUGAUAACAUUUUAUGGAGUUCAAAUCGAGAUGUUGGCAUUUUCCCUACUCAAAGUAGUUCUAAUGGUAUUAUGUUAAAUUAUAAUAGUGGAAUAAAUCCACUGGGUAAUAUUGUUCUUCUCAUAUCAUGUGUACCAGGUAUUUAAAUAUUUAAUAUAUAUAUGUACAUUUUUUUUAAAAUUUAGUCAAUGUUAUUUAAAUAAUCAUGUUUAGCUACAAUAUAUAAAGGAUUAUUAGUUCAACCAGAACCAACAUUAUUUGUAACAAAAACUGCUAUUAAAAGUAAUGAAGUUGGAGUUUUUGUUAAAUACUAUAGCGAGUAAGUAUUUGCGCAAAUAAGUUUUAUAUAUAGACAAAUAAUGUCUAUUGUAUAUUAUAAUUUUUCUGUUAUAUUUAUUAAAUAAUUUAUGUUAAGAUUUAUGAGUGCUGAAAGUCAUAAAUAUAACAACAAACCAAAAAAAGGGCAGUAUUAUUUAAGAGCUUUAAAUGAAACAUUAUAUUUAUAUGACUGUGAUAUAUCUUACAACAAAAAUGAAGGUUUGCUGAUUAGUGAAAUCGAGCCAUUUUCAUUUCCAUUUAAUCAUUUAAACAAAUCGCAUAUUCAUAUAAAUGUCAGUAGUUCAAUAUUAGCAGAUAAUGGACAAAUUAUUAGUCACCAUUGCAAGUAUGUUUACAAUCUUAUUGAUACUUUACAGAAUAAUAAUUUUUAAAAGUGUAGAUGACUAAAAACACAUUAUUAAUGCGUCUCUUUUAUAUUAGAUUCUGAUAUUAAUAAAUAUAAUAUACAUAUAUUCUAUUUAUUUUUAUACUAUAGGAAUACCCAAAAUUCAUUAAAUGUUUUUAAAUUGGAGUUGUUUGGAAAUUCAUUUGAACGUAAUUUAAAAGAUGGUAUCCAAUUGACAUUACCAUAUUUAUAUUCAUACAAUGAAAACCUUACACACAUUGUGAUAAUUGAUAAUAACACAUUUAUUCACAAUUCUAAUUUGAGAGUAAAUAUUGGUGGACAUUUUACAAAGUUAAACAUUACCCGUAACAUUAUACAAAAUAACAUUUGUAAAGGUAAUUUCUAAAAAUACCUUAAUAUAAUUUUCUUAAAAUAUGUGUAAUUUUUAGUAAUAAAUUAUUAAAAUUAAUUUAGAUGGCUUAAUAAUGAUUACGGGCAUGGAAAAAUAUAUGUUAAUCUGGAAAAAUAUAAUCUCUUCAAAUACUGGAGAUUUUAUGAUAAUGUUUAAUAUUAAAAGCCAAUGUGAAAUCAUGAGUUCAGUAUUUGCAUUAUUUAGGGAGAAUAUGUUUAAAAGUAACUCUAGAUCAUUCACAACAAGAGUAAGUAUUUUAAACAUUACAUUAUAUUUUUGAAUUUUUAUAACUUAAAGUUUAUUUUAUGUUAGUCGAACUCAGCAUUAAUUAUAUUUGAUGGCAUUCAAAAUGUUAAAAUUGAUCGUAAUUUAAUGUCAUCAAGUAAUACUAUGAACUAUAAUAUUAUUGCUGGUCUUCAUACAUCAAGAACAAGUAAUGCAAUAAAUAUGGCAAAUAAUUGGUGGGGAUCUUUGGAUGUAAAGCGUAUAAAAGACCUAAUAUUCGAUUUUGAUGAUUGGAAUAAUAAUGCAGUUACUGUUUUCACACCAUUUUUAAUUGAUGAUUCAUUUGAUGCAUCAUUAUCUGUGAGUGUUAUUUAUACAUAAUAUAUUAUAAAUUUAGAUUAAAAAAUAUAACAUUUAUUCUUGAAAUUUUAGAUGACUUGGGAGGAUAAUUUACGUAUUUCUAACGGAGUUUUGGGUGGUACAAUUUCAGAAUCAUUAACAAUUGCUCCACAAGAAAAUCCAUACUUAGUUUUAUCAGACAUAACUGUAAUGCCCAGUGUAACUUUAACUAUAUUGCCAGGAACUACACUAGAAUUUGCACCCAAUGUUGGCAUUCUUGUUCUUGGAUCUAUGAUUGCCAAAGGGUAUACUGGUGGUGAAAUAACAUUUAAGCCUAUUAAUAAAGUAAUAUUGUCGCAUGCACAUAAUUUAAAAUCAAGGUAUUAUCAUAAUUUUAUAAUACAUAUUUGAUCAUUAAACACUUUAAAUUAUCUUUAAUUGAUUGUUUUUUUGUCUAUUAAGGCCUACUAUACGGUUAAACCAUGUGAAAAAUGUUGAUGAUCUAAAUACAAAUAUGUAUGGAUUUUUGGAAAUAUGGAAUAGUACUCUUAUGCAAUGGCUACCAACUUGUGAUCGAUCAUUUACUGAAGCUAAUGCUAAAGUAGUAUGUAAAGAAAUUGGGUCAAAUAGUAGCACCUUAAACAAUUGGUUUACAUGGAAAAAACAUUAUUAUAACGAAAGUCAAAUGGUUGUUGCUGCUCAAAGUUGGCCACAACAUUUUAGAUGUUCAGGUAAUUAUAUUAAAAAAAAAAAAAAUUACAUAUAUAUAUUUAUUAAAUUCUCAAUUUUAGGAAAUGAAAAUUAUUUCAUGGAUUGUCCGAUUUUAAACUUUGCUGAUGAAUUUUUAUCAUGUGACUGGAAUGAUGAAUCAUUUGUGUUUGUGUACUGUACUCAAAGCAUUCUUUCUAAAAAUCAACAACAUUGGGGUGGCAUAAGGUAAUACAAAAAUAUUAUUUUAAUAUAACUUUAUUAUAUAUUUUACACUUAAAAAAAAUUACAUAUUACAGUAUCAACGUGUUUUUCAUUUUGCUCAAAAUCUAAAAUUUCAUGUAAAAUAAUAAAUAUUUUGUUAAAAAAAUGGUAUUUUGCAAUUUUAUUGUUAAAAUAAUAAAUAGAUGAUUAUUUAAUUUAUAACAUAAUAUAAUAUUAAUAAUUAUUUCUUAUACAGAUUUGCUAAUAAUGAUUUUGAAGUAAAUGAUUAUGCUGAAUAUUUACAUGAUGAUGAAAACCAUGGAUUGAAAUCGAAUAUACAAUCACAACUACAAUAUGUACAAGUAGAAGGUGCUGGAGUCCUACAUAAUAAAUUAUCUCCAGCUGUUCUGAUAAUUGGAAAGUCACCUUAUAUAAAUUCAAUUAAUGUUACAAAUUCAGCAUCUGAUGGAAUAUCUGUUAUUACAUUUAAACAUCAAAAUAUACAUCUUUUUUCCAACUGGUUUGUUAUAAUAUUUUUAAAAGUAAAUGUUUUUGUACUUAUUAUAUUAUUAUUGGCAUUUCAGGUUUGAAAAUAAUACUGGAUUUGGUAUAAACAUAAUUUCAUUAACGGGAGAAGGCCAAGAGAACCUUGAAAGUUCUUUUGAUGUUUUAAAACAAGUGAAUUUACCUAGAGAUACUUUUGGUUUAUUGGAUAUGUGUGAUUCUAUUAAAGACAUAGUAGUUUACGAACGAAUGAUUAUACAUUUCAAAUAUGGUGAUCAACCUUUGUCUUGUAUCAAAAUUUUCCGCAGUGAUUUAGGAUCUAAAUCAUUAGGUUUAAGGUACACAAAUCAUAAUUAUUCAUUUAAUUUUGAAGGACUUUCUUUUAUUAUUUAUUUAUGUAUUUUAUAUAUGGAUAUUACAGAUUAUUACAAUUAAAUUUAGCCCAUGAAACCGAUCAUAUAAGUAUAUAUGAUGGUAUAUUGUAUAAUAAAACUUCUGAAAUUCUUCGUCUAGUAAAAUCUCCAAAAUCACAAAGGAGAAGAUUCAUAAAAUCCACAUUUGGUAGCAUUAGUUUAAAGGUUGCCGCACAAGCUGCUUCUUCUCGUAUUUAUGGUUUCAUUGCAGAAAUCGUUACUCUUCCAAUAGCUGCAAUUGGUUUUGGUAAAUAAAUUAUAAUAUAAUAAUUAUUAUUAUUUAUGAAUGUUUCUCAUAGAUAUUUUACUUUUCAGAUCGCAAUACUGAACAUAAUAUUUCCUAUUCAGUGAUUAAUAAUAAUUUUAUGGGUGCUAUAAAUUAUGCCUGUGCUGGUGAGGUAAAUCCACACAUAAGCAUUGCUUGGAAUAAAAUAACCAAUAAUUGUCAACACAUACCCAAUUCAAACAUUAGUACAUGUGAUAUGCCUAUUCAGCUUCAAUUACAAAACACUCAAAGUUUACAACUUCAUGUAAAUUUAUAUAAUUUUAUUGUAAUAAUUAAUUAAAAGUACCUAUAAAUUGUAUAGCUUUUAUUUUUUUUAAUUUAAAUUUAGAAUAACCUUGUUAUGAAAAACCAAGGUGGUCUUAAAGUAACAGCAGACUCGAGUGGAUAUGCUACUACUUUGCAAGCAAACAUACAUAACAAUUUAUUUGCAGAAAAUGUUAAUUUGCCAGUUUUAAAUAUUACUGGUGUACGUGUUGCUCCUCAACAGCACAUAACAAUGUAUCGCAACUUUUUUUCAGAUAACAUUGCACCAUAUGAGAAUAUAAUUGAACUUGUGCAGGUAAUUAUAUAACUAUUAAUAAUUUAAUAUCAUAUUUACUUCUAUUUUUUUCUGUUUUCAGGUUAUUUCAAAUUUUACUUUCAAUUAUGUAUUCGGCAACAUUGGUUUUCAUAUAUUAAAAAUGUCUGGUUUUCAAGGAAUUCGAUUGCCAUUACAAUCAUCAACAUCACACAAUGGAUUUUAUUGGUAAAAAUUUGGUUACUAUUUAUAUUUCCAAGUAUUUAUUUAAUUUUAAUAAUAUCUAUAUAGGAAUGAAGCCACUAACAUACAGAACAAAGGAACAAUAUUGGCAUUAUCGAAUGGUCAAUAUUAUAUACAUAAUAUAUUUUAUGAUCCUGAAAAUAAUUAUGAAAUCAUAGCUGCGACCAGUAAUAAUAGAUCACAGUAAAGAUAAUUCUUUAUUUUAUUUUAAUAUUAUAAUUAUUGUUAUUUUCAUUUUUAAUAAUACACUUAUAAUACAGUGAUUACAUUUACGCUAUUGAUGGUUCUGUUGAUGCUCGUCAUAAUUAUUGGGGUUUUAAUGAUUCAAUUGCUGUGUAUGGACGCAUUAAAGACUACAAAGAUGAAAUUGACUUAAUGCCUGUCGAUGUAAUACCAUAUUAUUUGUCAAACAAAACUAUUCUUGAGUCAGAAAAAUGUCCUCCACCAUGGAUUUUAAUGCCCACUUCUAAUACUUGUUAUGGAUAUAUUGCAGUUCCCAUGACGUUUAAUGAAGCUAAAACAUUUUGCAUGGUAUGUUUAUGAAGUAAACUUGGAGAUCUAGAUUUAUUUAUUACAUAUUAUAUUUUAUUAGACAAUGAAUGCUUCUGUACCAUUCAUCACUGGUGACUAUGCAAACAUCAGGAGAACACUACAAUUGCAAAUCUUUGAUUAUGGCCUAAUAUGGGUUCAGCAUAUUGGUUACAUUGGACAGUGUACAGCUCUAGGUUUUAAUACGAUACAUACUAAUUUAGAAUGUGCCUCUCGUAAUGCAUUUAUUUGUGAAAUGGGUAAUAAUUUACAUUAGGUAACUAAUAUAAAAAUUAUUUUUAUUUUUUAUUAUCUAUUUGUUUACUAGAUCCUCAAGUUAUUAUAAAUCCAUUGAAAUGGCGCGAUGAUAUUGUUAACAUAGCCGUUACAGGAUUAUUAUUCGGUUGCUUUAUUUGUGUGGCAUCUGUGUUAUGUUGUUGGUGGACGAAAUCAAAACGAAGGCAAGUGCAGAGGCUUAACAGGAGAAAUUCAAUUCGCCAAUCAUUGACUUCAUUGAGAUCAUUAUCCUUGUCACAGCCUGCAUUUUCUGAUUUAAAUUAUCGACGUAAACCAGUAUGUAAAAUAAAUUAUUUUUAUAAAAUUCAAUGAAACUAAAUUUCAGUUUAUAGUAUCCAUUUAAACAGUGUAUUAAUAAUAGAGAUUAAUUAUUAACUUUCUUUCAAUUUAAAUUCUAAAUUUUAGAUGAUUGAUAAUAUUAGUGGUUUUAACACAAUAUCAACUAAAGCAAAUGGAAGUUCUGAUUCCAUAAUUAAGUCUCAAUUCAAUUCGUCAGUUGACGAAUAUGAGCCAAGUGAUUUAUACGAGGUGCAUAAUAUCAAUGAUCCCAUACAUAUAGAAAAUGAAUAUGAUUUAGCAUACAAAAAUAAAGGUAAACUAUUUAUUUUUAAAACAGAAAAAGAUAGUUUAGUAUCUAUUACAGGAAUGUUUAUUACUUAGGGUUUAGAGACAAUUCUACAUUUGCAUCAACAGUGGGUAUUUGGACAGACAAUAGUCGAGGAGUAUACAGUAGUACAGAAGUACUCGAAACAAAUUUAGAUCAACCACCUUCACCUCCUCCCAGAUCACAUAGCCAACCAUUAGAAACCUCAAUGUGAUAUUGUAUAUUUUAUAAAAAUGUACCUACCUUAUUUUAAAUUUUGAGUGGUGCAAAGAUUGUAUUGGUUUAACUAUACUGUGUUUUUUUAAAUUUUUUUAUUACUUAUUCGAUCUCUAAACUCAGGGACUACUCACCGUUAUUUUUAUUUACUUAUUAUAAUUAUACAGUAUUUAUAAUGUUUUAGUAUUAACGCUUAAGAAAUUAUGUUGAAAAACAAGCACUCACUGCCUAUGAUUGUAUUUAAAGUCCCUUAAUAUUUUUUUUUUUCGUGGAUAUGCGGACACUAUUAUAGGUUAAGGGAAACCGAAAAGAUAAAUUAUUGUUUUUGUUGUAUUUUUGUAUUCAUAUAUUUAGACAUAUAAUUUUAAUUUAGAUUAUUAAUUUUGUAUUGUGAUUAAAAUGAAAUAAUAUUCCGUCCAGUUUACUCAUUAAUAUACUUAAUAAUAUUACGAACCGUCCAGAAUAACAAAAAAAUAUAAUAUGAACAUAAAUAGUAUUAUAUUUAAUUACCUAUAAAUAAGUUAAUGUAUAUCAUUUUUUAUAAUACAUAAAUAAAUAUACCUAUAUAAUAUUUGUUUAAAUUGGAA